AGCUUGAUUAGAACUGCGGAGCAGUUGAAAAUCAAAGGAUUGUGCGAAAUAAACGAUCAUACAAACGCAACGGAAUCAGACGCGGAGGUUGUUUAUCCACCACAUAAGAAGAUUCGUGCAUCUCGUAACUACGAUAAUAACAACAGCUCAACAAACUGUAAUAAGAAUUUAUCAAAGCGAGAAGAAUAUCAUCAUUCGACUUCCAAGUCAUCAUCAAGUGUUAUUGAUAAAGAUGCACAUCAAUCAAUAACGUCAUCGCACGAAGAUAAUAAGCACAAAUCUAAAUCGCCGCAAAAGGAACAAAAAAACGCUUCGAGUUUGUCAAGCACUCAACAUAGUAAAAACAUGGCGAGUCUCGAAAUGGGAAUGAAUUUUCAGAACGGUAAUGUUGUCAUGGGAGUGCCACUAACCUACAUGGAUUUUGCACCUGAGCCACCAGCACCGACUGCUACACCCGUCAUCACAACGGAAAUGAAUUGUAAUCCAAGUCAAGAUACUAAAGAUUUGUCUCACUCAACACCGAUUAACGGUACCGAAAAUGCCAGAAUCAUUAAAUUCGAGACUUUGCGAUCGCUCGAUCCGACCGAAACGAUUGUUGAGUUUGAUAAUUCCAUUCAACAUUCCAUUUGUCGUCUAGAUCAAGUGGCUUCCUCGCAUCAUCCAACAGUGUCGUCGAGCAGUCCGAUUCUUCAUCAUUCACAUCACUCUCCAGCGCAAGUUCAAAUCAUUACAACAUUGGGCAAUAUGGAUGUUGAUGGACAGCAAUCGUCGAAUAACGGCGGUGAUAAUGUUCAUGGCAUUGUUGUGACACCGGAAAUCGGAAAUAUGAUGACAACACCCACGCAAAUCGAAAUGUAUCAUUCAGACACCAGUGAUGAUGCUAAAAUGCAAACAGAUCAGAAUGGUUCAGGACAAUUACAGUACAUCACAUUGGGAAACAAUUCAACACCAUCAGGUGAUGGAAAGAAUAACAGUGGACCGAAAACAUGGACACCGAAUGAUAUGGAAGCAGCACUUGAAGCUUUACGUUCACAUAAUAUGAGCUUAACAAAAGCAUCAGCAACUUAUGGAAUUCCGUCGACAACUUUAUGGCAACGUGCACAUCGUUUGGGAAUUGACACACCGAAAAAAGAAGGCCCGACAAAAACAUGGAAUGAAGAUUCGUUGAAUAAUGCUUUGGAUGCGUUAAGAACGGGGACAAUUUCCGCGAAUAAAGCAUCGAAAGCUUUUGGUAUUCCAUCAUCAACACUUUAUAAGAUUGCAAGGAGAGAAGGCAUACGUUUAGCAGCUCCAUUUAAUGCUGCACCAACGACGUGGUCAGCAGAAGAUUUAGAAAAAGCUUUGGAAGCUAUCAGAGCUGGCGCUGCUUCUGUUCAAAAAGCAAGCACAGAAUUCGGAAUUCCAACAGGAACACUUUAUGGUCGUUGCAAACGCGAAGGAAUCGAACUGUCACGAUCAAACCCAACACCGUGGUCUGAAGAUGCGAUGAUGGAAGCUUUGGAUGCCGUACGGGUUGGACAAAUGUCGAUAAAUCAGGCAGCGAUUCACUACAAUCUACCCUACAGUUCACUUUAUGGUCGUUUUAAACGGGGAAAAUAUGGCGAUCCACCGAAUGGUAAUCCAAUCAAUGAUUCUUCACAUAACACGACUGAACAUAGCCCUGAUAACUCAAUGAGCUACGGCCAUCAUACGCUUAUUGCUGACUCUAAUGCUACCGCGCAACUUCAAGAGAAUCAGAUCAUAUACCAACAACAUUACUCACCGUCAACUCAAAUCAUUCAUCAACAACCGCCCCAACAAAUUUAUCAUCAUCAGCAAAUUAUUUAUCAGAAUCAUCCACAACCGCCGCAAAUUCUGCAAAUUCAUCAGAUUAAGAAGGAGACUAGUUGAAAUGGUUCGAGAAAUGCGCAUUCAUGAUUGGCUAACACGGCCACAUAUAAACGUAAGAAAGGAGUAUUUUGAUGACGUAACAACAAGCGAUAAUUAAAUUAGUUUUAUAAUACAUAAAAGGGUUCGACUUAAACAUUGUUGCAUUAAUGAUUGUCGUCUUUUCGAUAUAAGCGAAACUAUGUUUUAUAACACGAACUCUCUAAUUUAACGGGAAAAAAUGAAAACAAUAAAAUAAAUUAUGUGACGCCCGACAUCAAACUUUGAUUACAUCUUGAUGCGCUUCUUUAUUAAAUAUGUAAGUGAGAUGUUAGCGAAAAAAAAAUAAAUAAGAAAAAGUAGUAAAUAGCUACAUAGCGGGAGUGGAUGUGAAAGAUGAUCAAGUUAUUCUCGAAUUAUUAUGUGUAUACUCUGGCAUUUCAUCCAUUAGUUUAGCUGAUGACUUUGGCAUGAUACAAAGUUGAUAAAUUUCAUCUUUUGAGUUUUCUAUUUUUAUUUUUUUAUUCAAAAUUUAUUAUAAAAAAUAUUAUCCAGGAAUAAGAAAUAGAAAAAGUUAAAACAUCGAAGUCGGGUAAUUUAAGAAUUGCAUGUUUUAAAGGUGAUCAUACUCGAGUUCGAUGCUUUACUCUACUUCAAUUAAAAUAAGUUUAGAGAAAAAUAAAAGUUUUUUAAUGAUUUCCUCUGAAAGAGGGAAAAUUUUAUAAUCUGUUCGAAGCAGCGAUUUUGUAGUCGAGUUUUUCCCUAUUUUGUUAAUGAAAGCGCAUGAAAAAGCAUUGAAAAUGUUAUCAAUCAAAAGUGUUAUCAAUAAUAUUUUCCGUAUCAGGGUAUAAAUUUUAUUUCAUAAUUUUUUUUAGAAAUAUUUUAAUUUAGUUAUUAGUGCAAUUUUUCAUCUUCAUUUUCAUAGAUCUUCCAAUUCGAAGUUAUCAUUUUUUUAAAUUUAUUCUUACGCUUUUUCCAUAAUUAAUUUAAAUAAACAGAAAAUUUUAAUCAUUAUUAUUAUUAUUAUCAUUAUU